AUGGCUAUCUCCCCACAGACCUUGGCCCUCCUGGCGAGCAUCGUCGUCAUCGCAGGAUUUCUGCUCUACCGAUCUCUCUUGCCAAAGCCGAUUCCAGGCAUCCCAUACAACAAGGACUCUGCUCGAAGCCUUCUAGGCGACGCUCCAGAUGUUGGAAGGCAUCAUGCCAAAACACACGAGAUCCUUUCCUUCUUGACCCAAAGGCUGCAGGAGCCAAACAGUCCAAUUUGUCAAGUGUGGUUGAGGCCUUCUAUGAGACCUUGGGUGGUGAUCUCGGACGGGAGAGAAGCAACCGACAUCAUGACACGGCGCAGUCGAGAGUUCGAUCGCUCCAACUUCUUCCGCGAUUUCUUCGAGGCGUUGAUCCCACACCAUCAGUCUAUCAUGCCUACGAAUGACCAGUGGAGGUACAAUAGACGACUGAUGGCCGAUGCAAUGUCAUCCCCCUUCUUAAACAACGUGGCUUCCCAUAGGGUGCACGAAAGCACCUCAGAUCUGCUCUCACUCCUCCGUGAAAAGAUUAGGCUCGCCCCAAACCACGUCUUCAACAUGUACAAAGACCUACAAUUCUGCACCAUGGACGUCAUAUGGGCUGCCACCUUUGGCACGGAGCUGGGUAUCUCCAAAUCACAGGCGGAGCAUCUGUCUCGGUUGAAUCAGGUCGAACUCCCCAGCACACCCGAUAGUCUUGUGCAAUUCCCGGAGAACGAACUGCCUGAGGUCUGGUACAUGUUGGCACGAAUGAUUGGGAGCUGUGAGGUCGUCAUGACUUCGCCUUUGGGAAGAUGGCACCAUCUAUUCAUGAUCAAGUUCUACCCAAGCAUGCGUCGAGCACUCGCUCUCCGCGACAAACUCAGCAGCAGCAAACUCUGCGAAGCCUGGAAAACGUUCGCGGACGGAGACGCCACCAAGGAAGGCGACAAAGUCCGCUGCGUCGUCGACAUGAUCGUCGAACGCGAAAGCAUCCUCGCCAAGAAGCAAGGAAGAGAGCCAGAUCGAAAGUCCAAGUAUCUCUUCGAUGAGAUGGCCGGCUUCUUGAAUGCUGGAUACGAGACCACUUCCACGGCCUUGGCUUGGGGAUUCAAGUAUCUCAUGGUGUAUCAAGACGUGCAGGAGAAGUUGCGAGACAGCUUGCGGAGUGCUCAUGAGAAUGCGGCUGCGCAGGGUAUCCAGCCUUCUGCGGAGGCGAUCGCGAAGGUCCAUGUUCCUUACUUGGAGGCGUUCAUGGAAGAGUCGAUGCGGCAUUCGGCUCUCGUAUCCGUGAAUAUAAGGGUGGCAACAAUGGACACUGAAGUCCUAGGCCACAGGAUACCAAAAGGAACAGACGUGUGGAUGCUGACCAACGGACCAAGCUACCGCUCGCCGGCCCUCUCCAUCGACGAAAACAAACGUAGUCAAUCGAGCAGAGACUUCAAAGGCGACUGCGAUAGAUGGAGCAAGCACGACGACCUCGAUCAGUUACGUCCAGAGCGUUGGCUAUUCCAGAAUGAAAAGGGGGAGACAGAGUUCGACUCGAGGGCUGCGCCUAUGCGUAUCUUUGGGGCGGGGGUCAGGGGUUGCUACGGCAAGAAGCUGGCCUACCUCGAGAUGCGCGUGAUCUACACCUUACUCGUCUGGAACUUUCACUUCGACAAGAUCCCCGACACGCUGCUGGAUUGGAAGGCCCAGGAUAUCAUCACGCAUGCUCCGCAGAAUGUUCGGGUGAAAUUGAGAGAAUUGAAGAUGUCCUGA